AUGGCAGGCGACGAUGGGUUCCGUGAGGACCUGUACGAGAUCCUAGGACUCGAGCCGGCGGCGGAUGAGCGCCAGGUAGCCCGUGCAUACAAGAAGAAAUCCAUCCUGCACCACCCUGACCGCGGCGGCGACGUACAAAAAUUUCUGGAGUUGACACACGCGCGUGACAUUCUACUGGAUCCUAAGAAGAAAGAGGCUUAUGACAAGAAGCUGUCGCGCGAGUUGCUGGCUAAAAAGAAGCAGCGCGAGCGAGACGCAGAGCUCGAUGGCAAGCGUAGGCAGAUGCGGGAUGAGCUGCUGCGUAAGGAACAGAGCUUCGAGCGCACGAGGAAACCCAGUGCAAAGCAGCAGAAGACUGAGCUGUCCAAGCUCCGUGAGAAAGCCUUGGCUCGCCAGCAAGAGCUGCAAGAUCGACUAGCUCGGGAAGCGAAGCGGCGAGCUGAGCUGAAUAAAAACCAAGAAUCACACGGUGCUCCGAAAUCACAACGCACUGUGACGUUCAAGUGGGAUAAAAAGAGGUUUUCGCACUCAGAUGACACGCUUAGUCGAGAGUUACGGUCGUAUGGCGAGAUCGAGUCUAUCAAAAUGAAGACGUCGUCUGCGAAGGUAAUUUUCACUGAAGCUGUAGCAGCUUCGAAUGCUGUACGCGUUGAGGGACACAAGGACUGCUGGCGAGAAGUCUCGAUCCAAGGUCACAUCGUAGAGACGGACGGCUUCACGUCCACGGAAGACAAGACGACGACGAAGUCAACGUCAAAGCGCAACGUGGUGACGCUGCCUGGGGGUCCAAUUUCACUGAAGGAACACUUGGCAUUUGAGGAAAAGGUUCUUGCUGCACUACGAGAAAAAGCCAAGUUGCAACAAGAACAACAGCAGCAAAUUGCUGUGCAGUCACACUAG